UAAAUACCUACCACUUUCUCCAUCAAGUUCUAGAAUUGUUCAUUACAUACUCAGGCAAAUGGAGUUUGGUUUAUUCAACUUCCUUCUAGUGAAUUCUUGACUCCUCUUCUCUAUACUAAUUAUUCAUUUUCUUCUUUUCUGCAGCAUUUUAAGUUUCUGUACAGCGCAUAAGGAUCAAACAUUUUUCAUACUUGAUAGGAAUAUCUAACUUUGGUUCUUGCUUUUAGUCCUUACAUCUAUUGUUGUCCCAUUGUUUUGUUUCAUUUCCUUGUAUUAGAGUUGAUUGAUGGCACCUCCAAGUUUGAUUCUUGAAAAAAUUUACAGUUAUUUUCAGAAAGAAAAGGUUCCCUCUUGCAGGUUUUUCUUGUCUCCAAACAGAGAAAUUUCUGUAGAUGGAAUCACCCUUCUCUCUGAUGUUCCUACAAACAUAACUCUUGCAAGUUUCUCUUCUGUUCCGCGUUCAUCUCAUAACGAUUCCCCACCUCCAGAAUACAUGCACAAGUCAGUUGAUUCCAAUGCUGAAAAUGGUGCUUUUCUAGGCCUUUCUGUGAAGGACCCUCUUGACAGAAUACUUAAUCCCAUUGGAAAGUUCAGUAACAGGAAGUUCUUGAGUAUUUUCCGGUUCAAAACGUGGUGGUCGACUAUGUGGGUUGGUUCGAGCGGGUCAGAUCUCCAAAUGGAGACUCAACUUGUCAUCCUACAGGUUCCUGAGCUCAACUCUUAUGUACUAAUCCUCCCUUUGAUUGAAGGGAAUUUCCGGUCAGCUAUUCAUCCUGGAAAUGACGGGGAAGUUCUACUCUCGGUCGAGAGUGGCUCCACACAAGUGAAGGGCAAUUCUUUCACUUCUUGUGCUUAUUUGCACAUCGGUAACAACCCUUAUGACCUCAUGAGGGAUGCCUUUGCAGCUGUUCGUGUUCAUUUGGGAACGUUUAGGCUGUUGGAAGAGAAAAAACCACCAAAAAUCAUAGAUAGAUUUGGUUGGUGCACUUGGGAUGCAUUUUAUCUAACAGUGGAGCCAGUUGGGGUGUGGCAUGGAGUCAAAAGCUUAGCUGAAAACGGGAUCCCCCCAAAGUUUCUGAUCAUUGAUGAUGGAUGGCAAAGCAUUAACAUGGAUCACGAGGACCCUUUUCAAGACUCCAAAGACUUGACAGGUCUUGGCUCCCAAAUGCUCUGCAGAUUGUAUCGGUUCAAAGAAAACGAGAAGUUCGCCAAAUAUCAGGCUGGAACCAUGUUAAGGCCCGAUGCACCACAAUUCGAUCAAGAAAAGCAUGACAACAUGUUUAGGGAGAUGAUUGAGCUAGCAGAGAGAAAGAAGGCCCUCAAAGAAGCACAAGGAGAUGAUUCUGCUCUCCCUGAGGCAACCAUUAUCGAGUAUUUGAGCGAGCAGGAGGGAGUGGAAAGAGGGGGAUUAAAGGCAUUAAUCAGUGACUUGAAGAAACAAUUUCCAAGUUUAGACGACAUCUAUGUAUGGCAUGCUUUGUGUGGAGCAUGGGGAGGAGUCAGGCCUGGAACUACUCAUUUGAACAGCAAAGUGACUCCAGCAAAGAUGGCUGCUGGGCUCGAGAAAACCAUGUAUGAUUUGGCUGUCGUUAUGGUCGAAAAAGGUGGGAUCGGGCUCGUCGAUCCUAACCAAGCUGCAGACUACUACGAGGCUAUGCAUUCGUAUCUAGCUGAUGUGGGUAUUACUGGAGUGAAGGUGGAUGUUAUUCAUUCGUUGGAGUAUGUGUGCGAGGAGCAUGGAGGCAGAGUACAGCUUGCCAAGGCAUACUACGAUGGUCUAACCAAAUCCCUUAGAAAAAAUUUUGAUGGAACAGGGCUUAUAGCUAGCAUGGAGCAGUGCAAUGACUUUUUCUUCCUGGCUACAAACCAAAUAUCCAUGGGCAGAGUUGGUGAUGACUUUUGGUUCGAGGACCCUAAUGGCGACCCCAUGGGAGUUUACUGGCUACAAGGGGUUCACAUGGUACAUUGUAGUUAUAACAGCUUGUGGCAGGGCCAGUUCAUCCAACCUGAUUGGGAUAUGUUCCAAUCAGACCAUCUAUGUGCUGAGUUCCAUGCUGGAUCUCGAGCCAUCUGUGGGGGGCCGGUGUACGUUAGUGACAAAGUUGGACGACAUAAUUUCGACCUUCUGAGAAAGCUAGUGCUACCUGAUGGCACCAUACUCAGAUGCCAGCACUAUGCACUUCCAACCAGGGAUUGCCUGUUUGAGAAUCCUCUCUUUGAUGGCAAGACGUUGCUCAAACUUUGGAACGUAAACAAGUUUGGAGGGGUAAUAGGAGUAUUCAACUGCCAAGGAGCUGGAUGGUACCCUGAAGAACACAAAUGCAAGGCACAUCCUGAAUGCUACAAGACUAUAUCUGGUUUUGUGUCUCCCGACGAUGUUGAGUGGGAACAGAAAGCUUUCACUGCUAAAUUCAGGAACAACGAACUGUUUGCCAUUUACCUUCACAAAGCAGGAAAUCUCCACCUGAUGAAGGCAUGUGAAAAACUAGAUAUAACUCUCCAGCCCUCUACCUUCGAAAUAGUUACCAUCUCGCCGGUUUACAAGAUCAGUAAGAAGGCCAAAUUUGCUGCAGUCGGGCUCGAAAACAUGCUGAACAGUGGCGGGGCUGUUGAGUUUCUGCAGCACAAAUUGGAUGGGAAAGCUGUUACUGUUCUCGUAAAGAUUAAGGGGGCAGGAAAAUUCUUUGCUUAUUCAAGUGUUGAGCCCGUGAAGGUUAUGUUGAAUAAUGAGAGGAUUAAAUUUGAGUGGAGUAGUGAUGGAGUCCUAAAGUUUGAAGUGCCUUGGACUGGAGGAGAGUUAUCGGAUGCUCGAAUAAUAAUCAGCAGUUAAGUUCUUGUUGCACGUAUAGACCUCUGGUUAUACUGUUUUUUUUGUUUUUAUUACAACUUCUUUUCCACGUAUUUGUUUAAAAGAAAUGGCAAGAGUGAGGCUUAAUUGUGUGUGUAUAUAUAUAUAUAUACAGUUAACCCGGAAAUUUUGCCUUGUUAUGUAUGUAACAUUGAAUGUAUAUCAGUUUUUUCUGCCA